UCACGCAUCGUAACACCUACUGUAAGCUUUCCUCCUCCACGUUUCAUUUGUCAUCUGAAACAUUUAACUUUCUUUCCCGUAAUGUCUUUUCGAAAAGCUGUAAAUUUGCUUAAACCUGCCCAAGGGGUGCUCCGGCCCUCAGUGUCGAGUCUGAUCCGAAGUUAUUCGGCGGUAUCAGAAGCCAGGGCUUUACUGGAGACCGAGCUGGACUCAAUCCGCGUAGCCGGGACGUGGAAGGGGGAGCGGGUCAUCACCUCGAAACAGGGUCCACAUAUCAACGUGGACGGCAGCAGUGGCGGGAUAUUAAAUUUCUGCGCUAACAACUACCUGGGCUUGUCCAGUCACCCUGAGGUGGUACAGGCUGGGGUGGAGGCUCUGCAGGCCUAUGGAGCAGGACUAAGCUCUGUCCGAUUCAUCUGUGGCACACAGGACCUACACAAAAAUCUGGAGCAGAAACUGGCCCAGUUUCAUGAAAGGGAAGACUGCAUCUUAUACGCCAGCUGUUUUGAUGCCAAUGCUGGGCUGUUUGAGGUGCUGCUGGGUCCAGAUGAUGCAGUCCUUUCUGAUGAACUAAACCACGCCUCCAUCAUUGAUGGUAUCCGCCUGUGUCGAGCCAAAAGGCUGCGCUACAAACAUAUGGACCUCAGCGAUCUGGAAACCAAACUCAAGGAGGCUCAGUCGUCCCGUAUGCGCCUUGUAGUCACUGAUGGAGUCUUCUCUAUGGAUGGGGACGUGGCUCCUCUACCAGGAAUUUGUGACUUGGCGGAACAGUAUGGCGCUAUGGUGUUCAUAGACGAAUGUCAUGCCACAGGGUUUUUAGGACCAAGGGGCAGAGGAACAGAUGAGCUUCUGGGAGUGAUGGACAGAGUUCAGAUCAUAAACUCCACAUUGGGAAAAGCACUUGGAGGAGCUGCUGGUGGUUACACAGUUGGUCCAAAGCCUCUGAUUGAUCUUCUGAGACAGCGGUCCCGUCCUUACUUGUUCUCUAACUCUCUGCCCCCUCCUGUGGUGGGCUGUGCCACAAAGGCCGUGGAGCUGCUGCUUGCCUCCAAUGAGAUCGCACAGAGUAUGUCUGCCAAAACUAUGAGAUUCAGAAACAAGAUGACAGCUGCAGGCUUCACCAUCGCUGGCACAGCUCACCCCAUCUGUCCUGUUAUGCUGGGAGAUGCACGGCUGGCCUCUGUUAUGGCUGACGACAUGCUCAAACUAGGAGUGUAUGUGAUUGGAUUCUCAUACCCGGUUGUACCAAAGGGCAAAGCCAGGAUCCGUGUCCAGAUCUCUGCAGCUCACACAGAUGACGACAUUGACCACUGCGUUGAUGCCUUCAUUCAAACAGGCAAAAAACAUGGAGUGGUUUCCUGAAUCAAAAUCAAAUAAGUUACUGUGAAUGUUGUACAUAUGUUUUUGCAAAUCGAUGAUUGUUACUCAUGACUUGUGAAUGAUUUUAUGGAAAUAGUUACAACCCUAACUUAAUAGUCUUUACAACUGCUGAGGUCAACCAAGGGCUAUUUAACUUGAAAACUGCAAACAACUUGGAAGUGAGAAGUUACAGCAUGAAGGAUUCAUUUCCUAUGGGUGUGAUUAUACUCAAGACUGAAUUUAAUAUAUUUUGUAAUAAUAAAGUUUACAUGAAUGAUUUUAUGCUUAGAUGAAAGGCUGCUUUUGAAUCAUGUUAAAAACAAUUGUGAACUAACUUGUCAGUAUUCCACCAUUAAAUAAAAAUAUUAUAAAAAAUA